AUGGAAAUACUUGGGGAGAUCCAGAAUGAUUUCUUGCAGAAGAUGCUCAGUAUUGCAUCAACAGGAAAAUGUUCUGCGCUAGUCUUUCUGGAGAAAGAAGAAGGAAAAUUCAGUAUUCCAGUUGUCCACUUACAGGAAGCCCGGGAAAAAGAAAUUAUCCAGUAUCAAUGGACAGAUGAAAUUUUAAGGCAUUCUCAACGUAGCACCGAGUACGGCCAUGGCAGGGAGAUCUUUUUUGAUCUUGAGAAGAUUGAAAAAGAGAUGGCAGUCAGAUUCUUGGCGGGAAAGUCUUACCUUUCAACUCGCGAGGGAUUACAAGAGUUCCAUUUCGCCGGAGAGCUCUUUCAUACUUGUGGAGACAUUCUGGACGACUUACAAGAACUGAUUCCGCAGCAACCACUCACAGAUGUGUUUCGAAAUAGUCUUUCGCAUCAGUAUGAACAGAGUCUGAAGAACGUACAAGAUUUGCUUGAGCACGUGGAAAUUGUCCUUUGCCUGUUAAAAAGACAUCGCGUUGGGAAACCAAAGGACCCUUUGACAGAAUUCACAGACAAGUGGGUGCGUGGACCAAGGCCGUUUCCAAAGGAUUUACUCCCUCAGCCCCACAGCGCCAUCCAGCUCACACAUGUAGUUGCCUUGUACGAGUUUCUCGAAGACAUGUUGGCUGAAUCGGCUGCCAAACGAGUUCACGACAGGUAUCGUGUUCCCAUACCUGAAGAGAUAGCUAACGAAAUGACCAAGGGAACCCCCACGUCCGGAGCAACCGAGUCACAUCGUUCUGUUCUAAAUGCCAUCGCAGUAGCGCUCAAACGCUUCAUUUAUCGUUAUCUUUCUUCUGAGGAGAUGAAACCUGAACCAGCUGAGAGUCUGAAGGAGUGCAUGCAGGAGCGGUCGCUUUGGCCAAUCGAUGCAUUCAAGGUGUGGAACCCGGAAGUGGAAUCUCCGUCAGUAUUCAUCGGUGACGUGUUUCCCGAAAAGCUUGCCAUAAAACAUACGUACCAAGUUUUAUGCUUUUACCAGGAUCGACUUGAAGUAAGUGAUGAAAAAUAUACUCACCCCCAUUUUGCAAUAGUUUUCUCCUCAACACAAUUUAAAGCUGAAAUUCUCUGGACCCCUCCCCCCCCCCCAAAGAAAAGUUGAAGAUUUUUAUCUCUGACGUAUCCUGCCUUCUCGACUGCUGAGACCCUAGUUCCUUUUAUUCUUGACAAUAUGUCAAAGAGUUUUUCUUUGGGUUUCGCAUCUCUCGUCAUUGUUAUAGGUCACUCGUAGUAUCAUGCGACGUUUUGUCGACUAUGACCCUUCCAACCCCCCCUUCCUUUCCAGGGGUAUAGGUAAACAAACAGGCAAACGCUUUAUCCAUUGGCAAUCUUGGUCUAUUUGAAAGAUUCUGGGUCAGUUAUUUAAACAGAGUUUAGCCCGUGUUUAACAAAACCGCGUUCUAGGCCAUUUUCAGUUUGCCCAACGCUUUUAUCUAAACAUCACUUAUCGUGAACAAUAUCAAUAUAGCAUGUAGGGUAGGGAAAGAGAUCUGGAGGUCCAAUGUUUUAUUAAACCGCGGGCCUAAGUUAGACUUCGUUUAAAUAACCGACCCUCUGUAUCUUAACUGCGCGUGACUUUCCUUUUCUCAACACAUCAUAAGCAAAUUCAACGCAGCUAAUCAGAAGGAGCACCUUCCUAACCGCUCUUAAAUUGAAGACAUUUAAAACUGAAAUCUGGCCAUACGGUACUUUUGAGUCUGAUGAUCGCCUAGUAGUUGAAAACCCGAGUUACAAUAACUUUUAUCCUUAAAUUUGUAUUGUAUAGGCAUGUAUUUUCUAUAUGUUGUGUUUUUCACUUUGUUAUUUGUUAGGUGUUAGAAGAGGAAAAACACGUUCCUCGGAAUCCCAACUCCCAAGAUCAGCGGUCCCAGUGCUUCAAGACCCCGUCAGCAUAA